ACUGGCAUAAAGAAUUGAGUGCUGAUGUAGGCUACAUACAAAGUCAAGCAUUCCCAAACCAGUAUCCAGACUAUGUAAACUACACUUGGACAGUUGUUGGCAAGCCAGGCACAGUUGUUUCCCUUAGGUUUUCUAAAUUUUAUGUUGAUGCAUCUUCAAAAUGCUAUCAAGAUUCGGUAGAGAUUUAUGAUGACAGCAAAAACAGUAGCAGACUCAUUGGUCAGUAUUGUGGAGAUAAUAUUCCAGGCUUACUGAGAACCAGGACAGAGAGAAUGAGGAUUCAUUUCAAAACUGAUAAUGGCAACCAUGACAAUGAAGCUAUAGGUUUCAACGCCACAUACAACUCACACC